GUAGACAGAAAAAUGAAGUCGUUUUUUAUUCUUCUCUCAAUUUUACAAGAGUGCUAUGGAAAGGAUAUUGUUGCAAGAAUUGGUGGAAGAAAUGUCGCCGAAAAAAUUGGUGGAGCCCGUCAUAGGAGACAAGUAUUGAUUCGUGGGUCAGAUGAAGAGCGACGACAUAAAUGGUUCAACAAUACAGUACAUUAUUAUUUUUAUGAAGAAAAUUUCGAUUUCACUGUGAAAGAGUCAAUACUUCGUGCAAUGGAAUUGAUAUCCAAUCAUACCUGCAUUAAAUUCUCAACAGAACCAUCUGAAAAAUCAAUUCGAAUGGAAAGUGAUUCCACGACAAUCGCAUGUUAUGCAGAAAUUGGUCAGGUCCGAGAGAAUCAACUUUUUAGUUUCAACUCAGACUGCUAUUCUGCUGGUGUUGCCGUUCAUGAACUUAUUCACAGUUUGGGAUUUAUUCAUGCACAUCAGAGAUCCGAUAGAGAUCAGUAUCUCGAAUUCAAGAAAAAUCUCGAUGAAUUAAACCAAACUUAUCAGGAACAAUACAAAAUUUGGGAAUAUCAAGAGAUACUUGUUCCAUAUGAUGUUGGGAGUGUCAUGCAAUAUCCAAAUGAAGAAGACGAGGAAUAUUACCCAGUAAGAAAAUACCGUACAAUGGCAAAUACCAUGGGAUCUGCAAUAGUAGCUUUCUACGACUACCUAAUGAUCAACAAGUACUAUGAAUGUUCUUGUGCAAAUAAUCUAUCGUGUAAGAACCAUGGAUACCCAAAUCCUUCAAAUUGUUCACAAUGUAAUUGUCCAUAUGGAUUUGGCGGAGCUGAUUGUAGUCAACGCGCCGAGCCAGGUGCAACUUUUCAAGCAACUGAAACUUGGCAGAAUGUCACAAUUUCUUUAGACGCUGGAUAUAGAUAUUUGGAAAAUAAUCAGAAACUUCCGCAAGUUGAUUUCAUAUAUCAGUUUUUGUGGAUUAUGGCCCCAGCUAACAAAACAACACAAAUUCGAGUGGAGAAGUUUGUAGAAGGAAAGUGUUUGCCUGGAUGUAUUCGGGGUGGUGUUGAAAUAAAAACAAAUGAAGAUCCACGGUUGACAAGUCCACGUUUAUGUUGUGAAGAAACUUCAUAGAUCCAGUCAAACUCCAACAAUUGUCAUGGCGUUCAACGAAGAAGGGAUUGAUGAAUAUAAUAUCUCAUUUAGACAUGUUUGAUAAAUAUUCAUGAUUAAAUUAUACUCGCUACAUAAGUUCACUUUAAAUAUGAAGUCUCAAAUAUACA